AUGGUUGAAGAUCCCAAAGAAUUAUGGGACUGCCUUAAUGAAAGAUUUGGACACCACAAAAGGGUGCUCCUUCCUAAGGAAUUAUUUGAUUGGAGAAAUUUACGGUUCCAGGAUUUCAAAUCUGUAAUAGAUUACAAUUCAACCAUACAUGAGAUAGUAUCUAUAUUGAGAUACUGUGAUCAUCCAGUCACCGAUGAACAAAUGAUUGAAAAAACACUCACUACCUUUCAUGCAAACAACAUACUGUUGCAAGAACAAUAUCGUGAAAGAGGUUUUAAGAAGUUUAAUGAAUUAAUGAGUGUAUUGCUUGUUGCGGAACAAAAUAGCGAUCUUUUGUUGAAAAAUCAUAAUCUCAGACCAACUGGGUCUUUGGCCACUCAUCAUGAGGCAAAUGCAACAAGUUCUUAUCCACUCGAGGCAAAUGCUGCACGAAGAGGUGGACGUGGAAAUUACAAUGGCCGUGGAAAUUAUCGCGGACGAGGCCGAGGACGUGGUAGAAACAAUUUUCAAAGAAACAGUAAUUUCAAAAUUUUUGAAAAACAGAAGGGACAGUCAUCUGGAAGCCACAAACAAACUCUUUCAAAAGGAAAAGACACAUGUUACAGAUGUGGCAUGACAGGACAUUGGGGACGUACUUGUCGUACGGCCAAACAUUUGGUAGACCUUUACCAGGCUUCUGUAAAAGGCAAAGAGAAAAAUGCAGAAGCAAAUUAUGUUAAUGAAGAAAAUGCUCCAUGUCCUACCCUUGAUGUGUCCGAUUUCUUCAUGGACAAUGCUGAAACUGGGAAUGAUUUCAUCUUUGGAGAAAAUAACAAUGCUUAA